CUCUCACUGCGUUGCAGUGGGUCUUCUUGCACCUCUCCGGAUGUGCAUUUGUCACCUCUGAAGUGGCCAGAGACAGCGUGCGUGCACAUGGCUCCAGGUAAAGUUUCGUAUCCUACAGUAUACGUGGUGGACAGCCAAAUGAAGCCCCCUCCGUUGCCCCCCAAACCAGCCCGAAGACAGCGGAAAGACGUGAUCCAGACUCUACUGAUGAUCCUGGUUUGUGUGGCUCUGUGUGGCAUGGCUGUGGAGGCCUGUUUCAUCUACCAUCUGUUCACAUCCAAAGAAAACCAUACAUCUACAGAUGAAAUGCAGACUGCCAUGAGAAAACAAGAUAAAGAACAUACCGUGACCCCGAAACAGAAACUGCUUGGAGAAAUGAAGCCAUCAAAACCAAUGGCACAACUGACAACUGGUGAAAAACCUGUUAAUGGUGUCGUGCUGUGGCAUGAGAAUCAUGAAUCCAUUCUUCACCAUGUCAAACACAAUGCUGCUGAGGGCAGACUCAUCAUAGAGAAAGAAGGAUAUUACUCCGUCUACUCUAAGAUCAGCUUCAGGGAUGAUAAUAUGAUAUGCAUCCACUCUGUACUCAGACUUACACAUCGAUAUGUAGGAGGUGAGAUUCUGCUUCUUCAGUCCUCCAGGUACCAUCCUAAAACCCCGAGGCCUAUAAUCAAAGACAACAGCUACCUCAGUGGGAUGUUCCAUCUGUACAAAGGUGAUGCUGUCUUUGUCACAUUGAAAAAUUGUACACUUGUGUUAUCCAAUGCUGCUGAGAACUACUUUGGUGUGUUCAUGGUUUAGAUGGAUUCUGGAGUCAAACUGAUACCAUACGACUACUGUGCGAGUUGCAUAAGUUCUCAUCUAGAUCUGAUGGAUUGAUUUACUUUUCCUUCAAAGUUGUACUUUUCAAGUCAUUUUUCUAACUGGAAACAAGCUAGACACUUGAACCAGAAGGAAUCAAACUUUUGUUGAUCUUUUUAGAUAAGUUCAUUGUAUAGGAUACAGAAACUACUAUACAUACAUACAUACAUAAAUGUAGUAGUGGAUACACACACUUUCAUAUAUAUGAAAACAUACAUAUAUACAAGCCUUGUAAUAUUUUUGCCUGUGUGUGGCACCUGAUGCUCUGUUGAUCUACACUGUAAUUUUUUUUUCUAAAUAUUUUUAUUGAAGUAGUAAAUCAACCAAAGAUUAUUACAGUAAGUUUUACCCAAAAAAAUACCAUUUCAAAAUUCAACUUUUAAUUCAA